UUAUUUAUAUAUCUUAUAUAAAUUUAAGGGAAUUCACCAAUUUCAGUGUUUCCAUAUAAUAUUCGCUGACACUCGUCUUAAUCGUUCACAUUUUUCGAAACAGCUGAUUCGCGUUGUCUAUUUAUGUAAAUAAAUAUAUUUUUGUCAAAUUUAAAAAUACCAAACUUCUACCGACCACAAGAUGCGACUGAACGAGAACACCAAAAUUGUUGGGAAAAAAGUUAUUUUAGUUCCAUACUGUGCAGCACAUGUGGAAAAAUAUCACGAAUGGAUGAAGUCGCCAGAAUUACAAGAGUUGACAGCUUCAGAACCCCUCACGCUGCAAGAAGAAUAUGAGAUGCAACGCAGUUGGCGUGAAGAUGAGGACAAAUGUACAUUUCUUGUUUUAUGCAGAACUACUUAUGAACAAACCAGUGAUGAAAUUUAUUCGCUGGUUGGAGAUACAAAUCUAUUUUUAAGAAUAGAGGAUGACGUUGAGGAUGUAAACGCAGGCUGUCAAGUGGCCGAAGCAGAGAUAAUGAUUGCAGAACCAGAAGCACGCGGUAAAGGUUAUGGAUGGGAAGCAAUGCUUUUGUUGUUGAAAUAUGCCUUACAAAAUUUAAAUAUUAAAAAAUUUGAAGCCAAGAUUGGUACAAAAAAUGAAAAAUCGUUACACAUGUUCGGAAAAAUGCAAUUCAAAGAAGUAUCACGUUCGGCUGUAUUUGAAGAAGUGACAUUGGUACUAAUAGUUGAUGAAGAGUGGAUUAAAUGGUUGGACGGGCAAGUGACUUUGCGUUGUGAAAAUUAUAGAAGUACCGGGUCACAUAAAUAAACAACUAACUAACUAUAACAUUUAAGGAAAUGUUUUUUUUAUCUAUCUGCCUGUCUUAACUUUCUUUAAUUUCCAUUACUAUAUACAGCAGAUGAAUUAUAACAACAAUUUUUGUGUGAAAAAUUUAAACAAUAUUUAUAAUUUAUUUCUUUUUCGAUUAAUCACAAAUGCCUAAAAAUUAGAUUAACACUCAAAGAAUGUCCACUAUGAAGCAAACAAUGAAGGCAGAAUAAUGUCAAUAUUAACUAUUGUGAUAAAAUGAUAUUCAUAAAAAAAUAUUGUGUACAAAUUAAAAACUCAGUAAUUUCACAGUUUAAAAUUGUCGUUUGCCGAAGUUGAAAAAUAAAUAUUUUAAUUUAUUUUAAGAGCGAUGAA